CUGUGGGUGAUAACUCACUGAAACAGAAGCACACCGAAUGAGGCAACAGUAAAGAAACCUGCGGUGCUGUCCGUGAUAAUACUCACUGAAACAGACGCACAGCGAAUGAGGCAACAGUAGGGAAACCAAAAGAGAGAAAUAACUUUCUACUUUAUAUACACUUCCAAAAAACACCGAGCUUUAUUUGUGUUAAGUAGACAUUGGUGUGUUGAGUUAGAGUAACACGUUAAAUUAGAGAGAUUUGAGGAGUGACAAGGAGGGGAAAGUAGCCUAUCUGGUUUCACCACACGACACCAGGAGCAUCACCUUCCCUCGCCCCCUCUUGUCCUUUCUGUGUGGUCAUGAUGUUGUCCCGCUUCGCCACAAGUGCCCUUAUCCUACUGGUUGUCCUGUUGAGACUCACCCUAACCCUCCCACUCACCGCCUCCGUGGCGACCGAGACACACAGCCCCAGCGACAGCCGUGCUCCUUCCCCUCUUGGACUUAGCCCAGCCGAGGGAGAGAAUGAAGGGAGGAAGGGCGGACUUCCACAGAGAGAGAGAGCAGAAGAGGAGGAUGAGCUUUUUGGAGACAUGGACCCCAAAACGUUAGCAGCCGUUCUGCUGGAGGCGAUGAAUAAGCCACACGGGGAAAUGAGGAACGGUGUGGAGGAUGGGAGCAAGGAAAAGGAGAGAGGAAAGGAGGAGAAUGAGAGAGAGAGGCAGGAGGAGGAGAAGGGAGAGGAGGUGAGAGCAGCAUUGGAUGAGGAGGGAGCAGACCGAGACAGGGACGGUCGCGAGGAGCUUGAGCUGGUGAUGGCAGCCGCUGCGGCGCAGGGCAAGGAGGAGCGAGAGAGGGAUGAGGAGGAGGAGGAUGAGAGGAAGAGAGCACAGGAGGAGGAGGAAAGACUAACAGAGAAAGUGACUAGCCACACCACCAGCCAGACGAUUCCUGGAAAGGAGAAACGACCUCCGGCAGAAGGAGAAAGAGGUGAGGAGGUGGGAGUGAAGGAAGUGGGGGCCAGAGAGGAUGCGCAACAGGGACCUCCCACCUCACAGGAGACUCAGCAAGAGGAGGAAGAGGAGCAACUAAGUCCAGAUGAAGUGCAGAACCUCCAGAGCAUGUUGGAGGAACUACAGAACUACAACACAGCUAACAAGAGAGAGAGGGAGGCCCAGGAGCAGAGAGGGAGAGAGAGCAGGGGCUACAGCCAAGAUGACACAGACCAAGCCCUGAUCCACAACCAGAUAAAACCCAAAGCUAAAGGAUACCCCCGAGCCAUGUCGAAGAAGCUCAAAUGGCAAGAGGAGAUGCAGAAAGCCCUGAACAUGCCCACUUAUAGAGGAGGCAACUUCAUGGACGACUUUGACAAUCUGGCUCGCCCGGCGGCUGAGGAUGAUGAGGAAAUGCUGAGCCCUGAGGAGGAAGAGAGGAGGGCGAAGGAGGAGCAGGAGGAGGUCAGGAGGCAGGCGAUGGAGGCGCAGAGGGCCAAAGCCGAGGAGGAGAAGUUGGCGGACAUAGCCUCGGACAUGCUCCUGCAGUACAUGGUCAAACAGGACAAAGGAAAGUACCAGAACAAGAAGACCCUGCUGUCCAACGCAGCGGAGGACAAGCGCUCUGACGAGGAGGUUGUCAGCGAGGACGAUGAUAUUGAUCCUCAGACCAUUGAUAAGCUCAUCGAGAUCUCCAGUAAGCUCCACCUCCCCGCGGACGACGUCGUUGACAUCAUCAGCGACGUUGAGAAGAAGAAGAAGAAAGACGCUCCUGAGACAUUGCCCUGGCAACGACCCCAGCAAAGACCCCUGGUUUACCCAGCAGCCAAAGCUGUCGAUGCCCAGCCUUCACACCCCCGAUACCCCACCCUGAAGCAGCCUCUCCCGGCCAUCAAUCCCCUCAAGGCGUGGUUCAAGGACAAAUCCUCCAUCAAACCCUCAAAGCAAGACCUCUGGAUCAAACCUCAACAGAAGUCCUUUCGGACUUCCUCCAACUAUCCUACCUAUCCCUUCUACCAACAGAAGUCCUAUCGAGGCUACUACCCAAUGUACUUCCCCCCUCCCAAGCCCAAGCCCCGCUUCUAUGCCAAGCCUUCCUUCAUGCUCAACGACCUCCUGUCGAAUUCUCUGGACUACGACUUUGAUUUCCCCCCCAAGAGGAGGUACCGUCCCUGGGUACAGCCCCGCCCGAGGAAGCCCCCCGCGGCACUCCGACGGAACCUCUACUACCCAAAUUACUCCAACUACCCCAACUACCUCCUCCCCCCACAACCCAGGACAUACAACCCCCUACCCGUCCCAGUCCCCAUGCCUAAACCUCGCUCGUUCCCACCCAGGGGUCAGGUUCAGCCUCGCCAUCGGCAUGGUUACUAUUACCAAGCGCCCUCAGCACCUUUGUUGACCCGGGACCAAGAUUACUAUGGGAUGCAGGGGAUAGGGAUGGAGCCGCAGCAGCAAGAUAGCAAUGAAGACCUGGAGAACUACAUUCAACAGGUCUUUAUGAAACCCAGGCCUAGGAUGUUUCAGUGAAAAGAGAGGAAAGAGAGAGAGGGGGCGGGAAGAAGGGAGGGAGGGAGGGAGGGGAAAAAGGGGGGAAGAGAGAACAAUGGAUUUUUUCUUCUUUCUUUUCAGCACUUACUUUUGAUUUCAGGUUUUGUCUUGGUUUUGUCUCUUUAAUGUACUGUUAGAUUUUUGUCAAAGAGCAACACAAAUUACAUGUAGCUUUUUUUUGUAUAGAGUAAAAAUGAACUUGCAGAUAGGAAAGUGAGGGAGUCAGGACGACCCACAUCCAGUCAUUCCUCUUGCUCUUUUCUUUGGAAGAUGAAACUGAAGCUGUUGUCCAAAAUGACUGAAAGAGGGGCACUAAACCAAUCACAUAAAGAACUAUAGAACACACAGAACUAUAGAACACUGACUCUAUAGACUCAUCUCAUCAUCCUGGAAUUCUGGAAAAUAUGAGGGAGCGUCGGCAUCGUUCCGAAGACCAACAUUGAGGGGAAAUUGCAAAUGGCACCCUAUUCCCUAUGUUGCGCAAUACUUUUGACCAGGGUCCAUGGGGCUCUGGUCAAAAGUAGUGCACUACAUAUAUGGGAUAGGGUACCAUUUGGGACUCAGCCUGACCUAUCAUGUUGCCUGUAAUCCAAAACUCCUACAAGAGACUUACAGGUGUUAACAAAUACACAGAUGUCAAUGUUUGGAACCAAAAUGCACAGUCUAGUGUGUUUAUAUUCCAAAAGACUAGCCAUCGUUAUUGGAGAAGAGGCCCCAGUGGAUAUAAAGCCUUACCAAUGUGUAUCUGUUAUGUUUUAUUGUUAUCAGUGGUUACAUUGUUACCAUGUCAGUUAUAUGUCAUUGAUUGUUUACAGAAAAUGAAGCUUGCAAAAAAUAUAGAAUUGGACCUUUUCAAGAACUCAUAGAUACAAACAGUUAUUAUCAAGGACAGAGAAAGUCAUUGUCAUUGUAUUGAUACCCUUGAUGAUGCGGUGCCAUACUGUGCGCAAAUGCAGUCACUAUUUAUUAAUCAAAUAUAUUGUUUGUUUUUUAUUAUUUGUUACUUGUCUGUUUUUAUCACUUCUGUUUUGUUCUUUUCUGUCGUUAUCACAGUGAGUUUGUUUUUAAAAAACGGUUACAUUUAUGUCAAUUGCCCACACUUUUUGAUUAUUUUAUGAAUAUAUUAUUUCAUUUAUUUGAUGUACUUGUAAUGUACUUGUUUUUUUCUACAAAGCAGUGCUAAGAUUCACACAUUCAUACAUUCCAAAUAUUUGUAAGACAAAGUGAUUUUAAAGGACAGAAACUGAAAAUACUGAAAUACAGUUUUAUAUUGCCUUAUUAUGAUUUCCCCCUCAUCUUGCUAAGACUGUUGACUUUGUAAAGGGGGUAGAAUUGAGUUAAGCCCUCGUAGAGAAAUGGGGUUGUGAUCACAAUUCCAUUAAAUCUCAAAUUCGAUUCACAAAUUGAAAAAUGUUUAAGCAAUUUUUCAAUGAAACUUGACUUGAUUUGAAAUGGAAUCGUCCCUCACAUACUCCCCGAUGAAUGAGUGAAACGAAAUGAGAAUAGGGAAAAGAAACUGAAAAGGGGCAAGGAUUUUCACUCUGUGCUACUGUAGAGAAACCAAUAUGUCUCUGUGUUUAUGCCUUUAGAUGCUGGAAAGGACUGUGAUUCAAUAUCUCACCACAAAAAAAGGAUUGUGUUAUUGGAAAUCAAUAUCUAAUCACCUACAAAUCCUUACUCGCUCAAUAUUUCCUUGUAAACGAAACCCCAACAAAAAUAGUUUUUUUUUGUCACCCUCAUGUCUUUAAAUAACCGUGUGGCAAUCUCGUAGCCGAGACAGGGCUUGUGUCCCAAAUUGUAACCUAUUCCCUUUAAUAGUGCACUACUUUUGAACAGAGCCCUAUGUGCACCAUAUAGGGAAAAGGGUGCCAUUUGGUAUGCACCCAUUGGCUUGGCUAGCAUCAAAGCUCAAUCAAACACAGCAGAGACAAUCUCAAAGUGAAACCAUUUUCAAUGUGACUGACGCCACAGACACCAGUGAAAAAUCCAUUAUUUUAGAGAAGCGAUGAGGGGAGAAACACUGGGAAAACAUUGGGUGUGGUGUUUGAUUUGAUGUGUGUGUUCUGCUUAACUGCGAUUUAGACUUAGACCAUAGGGCUCUGGUCAAAAGGACCUCACUAUAUCGGGAAUCGGUGGCAUUCGGGACGUACCUUUAGGACUGUUUCAGUUCACUCAACUGAACUCAUUGCAUUUUGGCAUUUGAGUGGGUCCACUAGAAACACUGAUCGAAGGGGUCAGAAUUGGCCUUUCAAACCUCCUACUCAAUACUGAAGUGUAAGAUAUCUGCUGUAGGAGAGAGAGACAGAGCGAUUAUAUGGAAGGUCGUGAAAGUUGGGAGGGUAUACCUAAACAUUACUUCCACUUUGAAACAGAUUUGUUUCUUUUUUGUUUCUUUUAUAAAAAAAGAGAGGGAGGGAAAGAGAACAUUUACAGGGAUGAAAAAGAAAGACAAGAUAGCAGACAGUGUCUGCUGCACGUUUCUGUGUGCCUGCAUCUAAAAUGUGUUGCUUCUUUUUUGAUGAACUUGACGAGCAUUAAAUAAAAGUAUAAAAAAAUCUCAAAGCAUAACUAAAAGAUGACUUUAUAGACGUAACGAAGUACCAGAAAAAAAAACCCUGUUGAAGCCUUGUAUGAGGAUGUUCUGAUCUAUGUGCUCUAUUUCUAGAUGUACCUUGUACCUAUGUCGUAAUAAACAUGCGUAUUGCUGAUUGUAAAUAACCGCAUGUAUCCAUGAUGACUAGUUUUGCUACACAGAGAGAAAUAAAUAAAAUCAACUAUUUUUUAAAACA